AUGUUUGCUCCAAUGGAAGGCGGUUCCGCAGGUCGUCGAGGAGGUUCGACUCGUUCUAAUGAAUCAUCAAAAUGGGAUUAUGUUAAAACAUUUUAUACUGAUCAAGCAAAAUGGGAUUUUGUUAAAAGUGUUGCUUUUUUUGGUGUUGCCGUUUAUCUUGUUCGAGAUUUAGCAUCAAAUGAUCUUCUUCCAAUGGAUUAA